UUCUUAAUGCUGGUGCUUUCCCCUGUCGUUUCAGCUUCACCCUUUCUUAAGAGAAAUCCGGUGUCUGAAUACUUCCAGGGGCAGGCUGUGCUUGGAUGAGAACUGGGAGCUGCCAGCAGACUUCGAUAUUGUGAACUGGGGGAUGUCUCCCAAUAAGUCUCGUGUCCUUGUGAAAAUUGGGAAUAUAAGGAGAGAGGCGUCUGCUGGCAUAAAGUUCACCAUUAACCCAGAAGCCAUUGAGUGGCCCAAGAAAUUCAACAAGGCCGUACCUCGUUCCAGGUGUACAGAAAGAUGUCGACCUGGAUAUGCCAAGAUGGUUCAAGAAGGAAAGCCCAUUUGCUGCUAUGCUUGUGCUCGAUGUGCGGAAGGGACCUUCUCCGCCCAGGAAGAUGCAGAACAUUGCACCAAAUGCCCAGAGGAUCAACAUUCAAAUAAGGACAGAGAUCAAUGUGUCCCCAAGAUUACCACCUUCCUGGCUUAUGGAGAAUAUUUGGGAAUUGCUUUAGCUUCCCUUGCCCUCUUCUUGUCCUUAACAGCAGGCAUCGUGUUGGGAAUCUUCAUUAAAUACAAGGAAACUCCCAUAGUCAAAGCCAACAACCGGGACCUCUCCUACAUCCUGCUCGUCUCCCUCCUGCUUUCCUUUUUGUCCUCCUUCCUCUUCAUCGGACGCCCAAGGAAAGAGACCUGCCUUCUCCGGCAAACGGCCUUCAGCAUCAUCUUCUCAGUUGCUGUUUCUUCUGUCUUGGCAAAGACCGUCACGGUGGUGCUGGCCUUCCUGGCCACAAAGCCCGGGAACAGGGUGAGGAGAUGGCUGGGCAAGAGUCUGGCCAACUCCAUAGUCAUCUCCUCUUCUGGGGGGCAAGUUCUCAUCUGCACCAUCUGGCUGGGGUCUUCUCCCCCAUUCCCAGAGCCCGACAUGCGCUCCCAGCUGGAAGAGGUCAUCCUGCAAUGCAACGAAGGGCUCACCUGGGGGCCCUGCCCUUGCCAGCCUCUCCGGCCCUUGGGGGUCUCUGGCCAGCUGGAAGGGCUGCAGGUGGCUGGUGUCCCUGCGUUGGCAGAGGCAGGAGGGCCACAGGGCCAGGCCUUGAGAUCCCCUCAGGGGGCAAGGGGCCACCUUCAAAAGGCCCUGCCACUCCCGCCAGCCUCCGCCACCACGGUCAAGGCUGGUGAGCGGUGGCAGUUGCAGUCUAGUUCCCAGCAUGCACUGCCUGCUCUGUCAGGCCUACGGUCGAUUCCCAGCAUGCUCCACUGA